AUGUAUGAGCCAUUCUACGUUGCCUUCGACGCCUAUCCAGCCAUCCUCCCCCGCGUGAGGGUGCGUGGCGUCAUGGCUCUCUUCCUGGCAGUCUCUAUCCUCUGGGCUUUGAUUUGGCUUCUCUAUCGUGCGUGGCAGGUCUGUCAGACCCCGAAUGAUCUGCUGGUCGAAAAGUUGGGCCUCGAUAUUCCACCGCCCCCAGAAGUCACAUUGGAAGAGAUUACGGCCCGUGAGAUUCGCAUCGCAUGGAAGCAACCAGAUUUCCAUAAUUCGAUUCACAAGCAUAUCAUCCAAGUUAACAAUCGAGCGGAGACCGCAGUCGAGAUCCUAAACCUUAUCCCCGGAAACAUCUACCACAUCUGCGUCCUUUCCGUGAGUGCAGCCAAUUUCCAGACCCCAAGUGCAAUUCUCCAUGUCCGAACGAAAUGUCUCCCGUUGUCCCGAACCCAACAAGAUGCUCCGAACACCGGCCCUACGAUCCGCGCUUCAAUUCCUCGAUCGACCGUCGGCCUACCUACUCCCUCCGCUCCUGUUAUGGCUCGUGAACACAGCGCUGGGCAAAUGGGAGGGAAACGCCCGUCUGCCGGGCGCCGCCUGUCUCCCGCAACUGGCCAGGGAGAUUACAGCAACUCCGAAGAUGCGCCUAGGGGCCCAAGUAAGAAUGAUCGCGAUGGGAGCCUAGAGCAAUUGGCCGACCGUUUAAAGUCGUUGCAGCAAGACAAUGAAAGUCUGGAGAAGCAAGCGGCCGAAGAGGAGGAAGAGCAUAUUGCCUUGCUCAAGGAACUUGAAAAGCAGCGCGACGACCUGAAAAAACGGGUUAAAGAGAAAGAUGAAGUAAGCGGAGAUCUCAAGAAGCAUGUCUCGAAACUGGAAAGCGUCAACCGGACUGUUCAGAGCGAAAAAUCAAAACGCAUGCGUCUUCUUCAGCAGAAAGAAGCGGAGCGCAAGAAACGCAAGAACGACAUCGUACGAUGGCAAGAGAGGAUCGCACGUAUGACGUCCGACACGAAAAAAACACGAUUGGAGGAAGACGGCAAAGCUAAGGCAGAAGAAAUUCGUGAAAAGAUUGCCAAAGAACAAGCAGAGAUGAAGGUGAUCGACGACGAGAUUCAGGAUAAAGGAGGACGCAUCAAGAAACUCGAGGAAGAAAGGCAAGGGGCCCCGGAUGGCGACAACGAAGAUGGCAAGGAACUGGACCGAAUUGAUAAUGAGCGUGCUCGACAAUGGGAGUUCAAGUUGCAUAGUUUACAGACUCGUUAUGCGACUCUUGUGAAUCUUCAUACGCAGGCACAACAACAAUACCAGGAAGCUCAGGAGCGGCUCAAGUGGCUCACCACCCAACGAUCCGGUAGCACUGGCCCAUUUUCGCUACCAGCUUUGGACCUGGACUUGUCAAACAAUGCCACCAUUCGGCCCCGUCGUCAUCGCAGCUCUCUAACGAGUGACAUAUCUUCACCGAUGAACUACGGUGUGGAGCCAACGUUCCCUGGCGGAAUCAAUUACAAUCCUCCUUCUUCCAAUUCACCUCCGUUCGCACCUGGUCCCGCUAUUUUCAAUAUUAACAAUGGGAUGACACUCCCCGGUCUCGAUCCUCCAGAGAUCAUGCGCUCUGAUGCCGAAGCCGGGUACAACAAUCCUCAGAUGAGCCCCCGCGCCGAUGCUUUACUGCCAUCUGAUCUUCUUGGAGAUGAAGAAUCUCCGGAGUUCAGCCGGCCUGUAGCUCGUCCACGAUUCUCGACAAUGGAUUCUUCACAUGUGCCACUGGAUAGCUUCGGUCAUGGACCUGUUUCACCGGUGUCCUCUGGCAGCAGACCAGGCAGUAUCUUCGCAAGUCCCUUGGAGACACUCAACCGGCAAGAUUCGGGCUCCCAGCCCCAGCCAUUAUCAACGGCUGAGGAGGCCCCGAAGAGCGCAUCCCGACGGCUCUCUGGUCUUUUUGGUUUCCAUCGCCCUCGCGGUAAAACACUUGCCGACGAACCGCCCAUGCUAGGAACCUUGAAGGCAGGCCAAAGCCAGUCCUUCCCUCGAAAUAUCGAUGAACUCGAUCCUAUAGGGUCUCGUCGGAGAAGGCUGAGCCAUACCGGGAAUUGGGCGAAUCCGAUGUCCUUGUUCCCUCGUAGCAACACUGCUGGGGCGACUGAAAACGCAGGGGAUAUGACGAAUGACACGUCUUCCGACCACCCUCCUUCUCGACGUGCUGCCUUCUCGAACAUAUUCUCGUCCAGUAAAUUUGGUUUCGGGGGUGCGAGCAACCGUGGCCACGCCGAUCUCACAUCGGGAUAUAAUCAGUUCAGUGCUCGUCAUGACCCUAUUGAUCCAUCGUCUCUACUUGGUGGUGUCCGCCGCGGGUCGCUAUCUCCCCGGCCCUCGUCUACGUUUUCAUUUGACAACCAAAAUCAAUUCCCUCAUCCCUCCACAGAUAACCGACAUUUUGGAUGGCCAUCUCUGGAGCCAACUGGGCACAGAAAUAGUCCACUGGGCUUGGACUGGGCUUCACCACAGCCAUGGUCUAGAGCACCUUCUCGCCGUCCAUCUGUUCAGUAUGGAUCCUCUGGACAUCUUCCUUUGGGUCUUAGCGGUGAGCCGGAUUUUGUUGAGGAGGCACAUGAUCGCCAACUUCGGCCACUCCAAGCCCCAAUUGGCACUCGGCCUUCCUCAUCGCAUCGACCAGUGACUCCCAAACUCAAUCCCGCGGCCCCGUCUUUUCGGGCUAUCUUCUCCAGCGGCAAGAAGUCCGACCAGGGCAAAGAACUGGACGGGCAGUCGGACGCUGCUUGCGACAUCCACCUUGAUGAUGGAUCUCCGUCUGAGCCUCGCAAUUCUCGCGACUCGCGUUCUCUCUCCCACUUCACAGGUGACUCUUACGAAUCUUUAGAGCGUGUGCCCUCAGGAGCGUCCGUGGACAACGCCUCUAAGGAAUCAUUCAUUCGCAAGAUUACUCGCAAAGGUAGCUCGAGCAAAUUCAGCUCCUGGAAAGAUCGCUCUGGCUUCUUCUCCAAGAAGGGCGACACUGCACAGACGGAGAUCGAUGAAGAUGUCUCAAGUGAUGCCCAGCUGUGCAAGAGCAUAGACAGUACUGCCUCUAGCGUUCCCUCUGCCAACCACUCCACACGCAGCAGCCUCGGCUUCUUUUCGCGUAAGUCGCGCAAGUCUGACAAGGCGAGCGAGACGAGCGAGCGGGCCAGCGAAGCCGGCGACGAUGAAAUCCCGGACAUCCCUGAGAUUCCAUCAUGA